GACGUGGGACGUUAAAUACGUGGCGAACCAGGAAAUAAAAGUAAACAAGGCAAAGGAAGACGAAAAUGAGAUUUUGCGUUAGUUAUUUACAUGCAGACCGAGUCUGUCACUAUUAUGGUGCUUUAUUAAUUAUGUAUGAAGGUUUUCUCUGCUGAUAAGGCCAGGCAGCCAGUUAGAGCCAGGCUGAGAGCCGGUAAGACACCCGUAGAGCUGAGAGGAGUCGGGUGCGGCAGCUGUUAGUGGUUAGCUAGCUCGAUAUGGCAGUUUUGAAAUGCCUUCAAGACCAUGGCUUAAAAACAACUCCUUGACGUUAGGUUUGUCUGACGAAUAAAACACCAUCUUGGCACCCCUGUACUCUAUAUUAGCUGCGAUUUGCCCAAGUGAGUUCGCGUGUUGUCACUUAUUAAUUUCAGAUUUAGCUAUGUUAGCCAUCAGAUCGUCAGAGGAGGAGUCCACUGAGAUGGAGGAGAUGGACACCUCCGAGCCCAACUGGUGCUGGUUCUACUUGGCUGAGUGUGGAGUGUGGCACAUGUUUGAGAUUGAUCCCAGUGCAGCCUGUUCUGUGACGAGUGCUCAGAUUGAGCAGUGCUACAACAGGAACCAGCGUGGUGUCAUGGAGUUCUACACAGCCAAGUACACGUACAGACUGGACUUCUCAGUUAUGCGUCAGAUAAAUGUAACAACAGGGAAGCAGCGGCCAAUCAAACGCUCCCUCCACUCUGCAACUGGCUUCAGGUUUAUUUGUGAUAAUCUUGCCUUGCCUGUGCCCUGCCACUGGGAGAGGAUCAAUACAGAUGAGCCCUAUCAGCUCAUCCAGCUCGGCCGAGACACAUAUGAGUUUAAAGAAGUAGCCAGACUGUACGAGAGGACAAUGGAUCAUCCGAUCAAAUCCAUCCAGAGGAUUCAGAAUCUGGACUUAUGGGAGUUCUUCUGCAGGAAGAAAACACAGUUGCGAAAAGUCAAGCGAACGCUGGAUAUUGAGGAGCGAAUGCUGUUUCAUGGCACAGGACACAGCAACAUACAAGCUAUAUGUACGUUUAACUUUGACUGGCGGCUGACAGGGAGCCAUGGCGAUGUCUAUGGCAAAGGGAGCUACUUUGCCCGGGAUGCCAAAUACUCCAGUAAAUUCUGUCACACCACAGGGAAACACAACACGACCUUACAGAGACACGGACUCGCACCGCCGAUAUUCGCUAGCGAGCCGCCAUAUAAGACAAUGUUCCUGGCUAGAGUGCUUGUCGGAGAAUACACAGUCGGUCAUCCCAUGUACUGCAGGCCACCCUCCAAGGACGCCAGCUUCACCAACUUUUACGACAGCUGCGUGGAUGACAUGGCCAACCCAAAGAUCUACGUCAUUUUCGACAGCAAUCAGAUUUACCCAGAGUAUUUGAUCGAGUUCUAUUGAUGCCGCACGAGAAGAUAUUUGCUUUUUUUUUUUCUAUAAAGCUUGAAUCUCCUGCAUGGAAAAGUUGGGACAAAUCAGAUGGCGGGAUGAGAUGGAAAAAAGCAGCAGCUUCGGAGACAUUUGAGUUUUUGUUUUUCCAGUCAAAUCCAGCCCUAACUGGGUCAUCUAAAGUGCCUUUGGAGGAAUUGGAAAAGCAGGAAGACAAUAAAGACAUUGUGUACAGUUUAUAUACAGUGUACAGUGUAUUCUUAGACGGGACCUUGUGGUUGUGACGUCAAAAGGACGACCUUUUGUAUUAAAUUCGCAGUCUGUGCUUGCUUGUUCGAUACGUGUGAACAAAAUAAGAGUGGCACAUGCAGCCUGUAGAUUAGAGGUGAUGUCCUGCCGUUGGCCACACCCAUUCCUUCACAUCCACAGUGCCACGCUUAUUUACAAACCAAAAACACGUUCCAGCUCUCUCAUGAUGCACCGUGAUCUGUCCAAAAACUGUGUGUACAAUGUAUUAUAUGGGCAUGGGUUUCUGUUUUUUUGUUAUUGUCAUAAACGUUUCUACCUCUUUUAUAAUGAUGCAUCCGUGCACUUUUCCCCCUUUCCAUGAAAGGUUUUGUAACUGUGUCAUAAUGACAUAAAGUUGUGAUGUCGUGUUCA